AUGUAGAAAAAAAGACAAAGUCAAAACAGAAAAGUAUCACAAAAAAAUAGAGAACAUGAAUAAGAACAAGAAGUAGUGAUAUCUUCAGAGAAUGAUACUCAAGAUUUCUCUGAAUUAGAAUAGAACUAGCAAUAUUAUAGUAUCAUCUAAUGGAAAAAGUUAUAAGAGGAAAAAGUCUUAAAAAUGGCAGGAAAUAAUUUGAUAACUCAAAGUUCUAAACAUUAAAAUGAUUUAUCAUAAUUGCAAACUCUCCCUUUAAAAUCAUGUCUAAGGAAAGUCAAAUAGGAUGAAUUAUUUGGAAAAAUAUCUGAUGAUUAAAUGCAAACGUAAAUCUCAUAAUAAAAAAUGCAACUCAAAGAACAAUAGAUCAAAUAAUGUAUCAUAGUUACUGAAUUCAACAACAUUAUGAACGAAGAUAAUGAUGAUGAAGUAAUAUAAUGAAUUACAUCUUUAGAUAUCCAUUACUUUAGAUGAAGUGGAUGAUUUCAUUUACAAGCAUACAGAAUAAAAGAAGAACUAAAAGUUUGACUUAACUUAAUUUGAUAGUAUAAAGAAAAGAAUUGAUCUUAAUCAGAAAAUCUAAUUUGACCAUUAUGCCCCUAAAAAUAAUUAAUGAAUUAUAAAUAUUUAUAAUGAAUUAAGUAAAUUAAGUCCUCCAAAAGCCCUAAAUGUACUUGUUAAUAUAAAAGUAGUGAUAAGAAAGUCUUUGACAGUUCAAGUUAUGCACUCCCAAAAAGUGAUUAAGUUAUGUCCAGACUGUCAGAGAAUUUCUCUAAAUUUGGUGCUACGUAUUCCUAAUUCACAAUUGCUAUUGUUGUCUUGGGAGGAUUAACAAACUUGGUAUUCCUAAUGAGUGUUGGAUUAAGCAUCGCCUUGUAUCAACUUUUUAUAUUAUACUUAGCUGGUACAUUGCUUUGAAAAAUGAUGACCUAAUGGAUCACAUUCCCAAUUUUGGUUUCCUAACAACGGAUAAAAAGAAGGUUCUAUUGUUUUUAUGUAAUAAACUUAACAUUAUUUAGUGAAUGUUAUUAUUUUGUAUAUGUUUUGUGGAGAUUCUAUAUUCACCUAUAUUGGAAUUGGGUAAUAAAAAUUAUUAAAUUAGAUUCCUUAUAUCAUUUCUUCACUCAUUUUUAUUUGUAUCAGCCUCUACCGGAGCACUAAUUGAUGGACAGCCUCAAGAAUAAACAAAUUAGGAUUUAACAUAAUAUGUAAAUUUCAGCAACAAUAACAAUAUUGAAUUAUAAUAUAAAUGACAUAGUGUAU